AUAAGCUAAGAAAGAACAUGAUGUACUCAUGCAUGUGUAGCCGUUUUGUGAGAGGCGGCUUUGCUGGAUAGCUCGAAGCUUCGAGAUCUCAUGUUCAAUACGAUUAAAACUUAAAAGGAGGAGUAAAGAGCAUAAUUAAUCAGCGUCUCUUUGCUCGCAAACGCUGGGCUACUGCUUGUAUGACCAUUAAGCUAAAGGUAAACCCUAUCUUGUACGCUCCAAAGCGCAGGUGCAUUUAAUUGCCAUCAUCAUCACCUAGCUACUAGCUGCAAUCUGAUCUGCAUGACAAAGAUGGUGACCACGGAGUCCGAGAUGAUCUCCGAAGGCCAGGUCGAGUCGUCACUAUUAGCAGAUCAACAGCCCAAGAUCAAUCCUUUCUCGUCGCUCGGAAGACAAUCAUCAAUAUACUCCCUCACUCUCGACGAGUUCCAGCACACGCUCUGCGAGAGCGGCAAGAAUUUCGGGUCCAUGAACAUGGAUGAGUUCCUCACCAGUAUUUGGACUGCCGAAGAAAACCAAGCUGUCAACACCACCGCCACCACCAUCACCAAUGUUAUCGCCGCUAAUAAUAUGAGCAGCCACACCCAGCUGUCUCUAAGCGAAGCGCAUACUGAGAGGGGAAUAGCAAAGCAGCCAAGCUUGCCACGACAAGGUUCGCUCACGCUCCCGGCACCUCUCUGUAGGAAAACGGUGGACGAAGUCUGGUCUGAAAUCCACAAAGGACAGCAUCAGAGUAAUAGUACUAGCCAUAAAAAUGGUGAUAACAUUCAGAAUCCCGAGUGUGGCGCUCGCCAGCCGACUUUCGGAGAGAUGACCUUGGAGGAUUUUCUGAUAAAAGCAGGGGUGGUGAGGGAACCGAGUGCAAUGCCAGUAUCACAACCCCAACCUCAGCAGCAGUACGGGGUAUACCAGAAUAAAAAUUCCACAGCGGGUCCUAGUUUCGCAACUAGGCCUACAACAGGAUUUGGUGGCGCUGGUGGUGCGAGUACUGUUCCAACUCACCAAACAAUGCCACAGGGUGCUGGUGGGGCUAUUGGAGAGUCGUUAGGGUAUGCUGGAAAUGGCAAGAGGAGUGGGGGAUACCCACCCGGGCCACCGGCGCCUGUUUGUUAUGGUGGAAGGGUAGUGAACGGUGCUGGUGGAUAUGGGGCGGCGCCAGCAAUGGGAGUGGUGGCACCGGUUAGUCCUGUUUCUUCUGAUGGGUUGUGCACAACUCAGGUUGAUAACUCGGGCAAUCAAUUUGGACUGGACAUGGGGGGACUAAGGGGAAGGAAGAGGAUCAUAGAUGGUCCCGUGGAGAAGGUGGUGGAGAGGAGACAAAGGAGGAUGAUCAAGAAUAGAGAGUCCGCGGCCAGAUCUAGAGCCAGGAAACAGGCAUACACAGUUGAACUAGAAGCAGAACUGAACCAAUUAAGAGAAGAGAACAUAGACCUUAAACAGGCUCUGGCAGAAAUUGAGAGGAAAAGAAACCAACAGUAUUCUGAAGAGAUGAAAACGAAAGUUCAAACCAAGGCUCAAAAAGCUAAAGAGAAACUGAGGGUGUUGAAAAGGAACCAAAGUUGCCCCUUGUGAUGUAAGGAUCAGUACUUGAUCAAUGUGUAUUGAGAAAUGAAACCUGAAAGGUCAAACCAAGGCAAGAUCAAAAGCUAAAUGGAUGAAGCCUGAAGGUGAUCAUGAGAAGAAAUUCGAUUUCCUCAUUGUGAAGCAACUAAAUCAUAAUUGUAUUAUGCGUGCGAUGCAUUACAUAGGAUUAGCUUAUUGAGACUAAUAUAUUAAAUUAUUAAUCACUACUUAAUCAAUGUAUCAAAAGCUAGCUGCACUUGGUGUUGUACGUGGCCUUUACACGUUUAUAUAUACAUAAACUCCUUUCUUCAUAGCUUGCAGACAACUUCUGGCUCUUCUGGUUCUUGCAGACAGCGCCCUGUUCUUGCACUUUGGUGCUCGUUUUUCAGUCCGAGUCUCCCAGGAUGAUACAAAGCUGUAAGCAUAGACUCGCUUCAGUAUUGCUUGAUGUUCUUGCCCGCGGCCGGUAUCCCUUACCAAACGCAUUGCUUUCUAUAUACGUGUGUCCGUGUCUUAGUCUAUCUUGACACUCAAGAAGACAGAACCUUCAUGCUCCACUGGGGCAGCUACACACCCGAACGGAGAAAGGCUAUGUACACUGAUCAGUUUGAUGCCCUGUUUAGAAACGGAACCUGGGUGAAACAUGUCACCCACUUCGGCCCAGAACAUUAAUGUUGGCUGCAAGUGUGUCUGUCUGUGUGUGAAAGCUCAAACGACAAGCUGGCGGGACAAAGAAGUCAAAGCUUGUUUAGUCCCCAUAGGGCAUGCUGAUGAUAUAUAUUGUUUUUUGGAACAAUCGAAUAAGUCCUACUAAUAUUGCAUUAGUUAUUCAGACGCCA